AUGACAUCUCCACCAAUUCAAAAAGAUAUUGUCCAUUGCUUUUCAGAAGAGGUAACUAGAUCUAUUAUUGAAGAAAUGGAUAAUGAUGUCUUUGGCUUGCUUGUAGAUGAAUCGGCUGAUGCUUCAGAUAAAGAGCAAAUGGCAGUAGUUUUUCGCUUCGUUGAUAAGUAUGGGGUAGUUAAAGAAAGAUUUAUUGGUGUUAUUCAUGUGCAAGAGACAUCUUCUUUAUCUCUGAAAAGUGCUAUUGAUUCUUUGUUUGCUAAAUAUGGAUUGAGUUUGAAAAAGCUGAGAGGGAAGGGAUACGAUGGAGCUAGCAACAUGAAAGGAAAGUUCAAUGGACUAAGAUCAUUGAUUUUGAAAGAAAAUAGCUCUGCAUAUUAUGUGCAUUGCUUCGCUCAUCAACUACAAUUGGUUGUCAUGGCAGUUGCAAAAAAACAUGUUGAAGUUGGAGAGUUUUUUUAUAUGAUUUCUGUUUUGCUAAAUGUUGUUGGAGCUUCUUGCAAAAGAAAAGAUAAGAUCCGGGAAAUCGAUCGGCAAAAAGUGGAAGAAAAGAUUAGCAAUGGUGAAAUUAAGACAGGAACUGGGUUGAACCAAGAACUUUCCCUUCAAAGACCUGGAAAUACUCGUUGGGGUUCACAUUAUAAGACUUUGUUGCGUCUUGAGGAGUUGUUUUCAUCUAUAGUUAUAGUUCUCGAGUAUAUCCAGGAUGAAGGCACCGACACCACCAAAAGACAACAAGCAUAUGGUAUUCUCAAGUAUUUUCACACCUUUGAUUUUGUUUUCUAUCUGGAGUUGAUGUUGCUUGUUAUGGGACUCACUGAUAGCUUAUCAAAGGCUUUGCAAAGAAAAGAUCAAGAUAUCUUAAAUGCUAUUUCAUUGGUGAAAACUACUAAAUGUCAGUUGCAAAAGGUUAGAGACGAUGGAUGGGAUGCUUUUAUGGCUGAAGUUAGUUCUUUUAGCGAGAAAACUAACACUGGAAUGCUUAAAAUGGAGGAAGAAUUUGUUGAUUCUAGAAGACCAAGGAAAAAGACCGGUAUAACCAACUUGCAUCACUAUAAGGUGGAUUGUUUCUACACUGUCUUAGAUAUGCAACUUCAAGAGUUUAAUGACUGCUUUGAUGAGUUGAAUUCUGAACUACUUAUUUGCAUGUCAUCUUUGAGUCCGAUAGAUUCUUUUCGUCAGUUUGAUAAGUCCAUGCUCGUGAGAUUGACCGAGUUUUAUCCAGAUGACUUUAGUUUUGUGGAGCGUAGAUCUCUUGAUCAUCAACUUGAGAUCUACCUUGAUAAUGUGAAAAACGAUGAAAGGUUUACAGAUUUAGAGCAUCUUGGUGAUCUUGCUCGUGUGAUGGUAGAGACAAGAAAGCAUCUUUCACAUCCUUUGGUAUAUCGUCUUCUAAAGCUAUCUUUGAUUCUUCCUGUUGCAACGGCAACUGUCGUAAGAUGUUUUUCCGCGAUGAAUUUUGUGAAGACUACAUUGCGUAACCGUUUCGGUGAUGUGUUCUUAAGUGAUUGUCUUGUUUGUUUUAUUGAAAAGCAAGUACUUAACACUGUUACAAACGAAUCGGUGAUAAAACGAUUCCAAGAUAUGAGUGAACGUAGAGUUCAUCUUUAG